AUGCGUAGAUUGACUAGAGAAGAAAGAGAUAAUUGUUUAAGGCUCUUACACGAAGGCAAGACACAGCAAGAAAUUGCAGAUUUUUACAAUGUGCACCAAAGCCGCAUAUCCAGGCUUCAAACCAGAUUUCGGAUAACUGGAGACCACAAUUACCAGUACGGUGCCGGCAGGGGAAAUCAUUUAGCAAUACCCAAUAAUCAAAACAUUAGAACUAAAGAAAUCGAGAAGACAACAAAAUAUGAACAGCUGACGAUAGAAAUUCUGAAAGUAUGGCAACUGGAAAAAGUGGAAAUAAUCCCCAUAAUAGUAUUCUCUAUGGGAUUAGUACCAAAGAGCCUGAAGAUCAAUCUAGGCAAGCUAAACCUACAUGACAAAAUAUCAGCGGACAUGCAAAAAGCAGUUGUCAUAGAUGCCGUAAGUAAACUAACUGCAUGUGUAGUUUCUUCACAAGAAGAUCAAGCAGUUAAUAGCAUAAUAUCCAAAAAAGAAAAAAUAAACCAUGAAUCACUAAAAACUAAUAAACAAAACGGCAUUAUUAGUGAUAGCACUGCUGGAGCUUGCAAAAGAACUAGUAGAAGAAAACGGUGCAGGUGA